CGCGUUCCAACUUGCGGUGCGCGUCUGCUGACGUCACCUCAACGGCCCGCUGGCCGCAGGGGCUUUUGGGAAGGCUGCGGAUCAACAAUCAGGCGCCUCUGCUUCCAGGGCGCCGGGGGCCUGACUCGGUGGUGAGUGCGGCUGCCUUCGUCAGGACGGGCGAGCGUGGCUCUCGACGGCUGGGCGGGCUAGCUGACUCCUCCUUCGGCCCGGAAGGCAGUUCUCAGGGCCGCCCGACCCCCGCUCCCUGCCUAAGUCCUUGGGCUUGGACUUGUAUAACAGUUUUGCUUUCUUUUCCUUUCGGUUUAUUUUUUCAGUCAACCCAGGCUAGUCUCGAAUUUGCGGCAAUCCUCCUGCCUCCAAUCGUUCUAGGUGCUGGGAUUACUGGUGUGCAGCACCUCGGCUGUCUCUUCAGAUUUUCUGCAGGUUUUUAAGCUUUAAGCCCGCGGCAUUUAAUGCCUUUAAACUAAGUUGUGCGGCAGGGGGAUGACGGUUGUCACAUCAGUUACUACUUGUCCCCAGUAGUCGUGUGAGAGGUUUGGUUUAACUGGGAAAGGUGUUCUCCAUUCUUGUCUCUCCAAGCUACGUGUCGCCCCCCUGCAGUGGGCGUAGAGCCGUGUCGGUUGGGUGCUUGCUGGCGUUGUAACAGCUAGUGUAGUUAGGCCACACGGGUAGUGGUAGCUUUGUUCAGGCCACUGCUUUACCGGCACUUGUACUUUUUUGGUUUUGAGAUGUUACCUGUGGUGGUUAGGGAAUGGUUGUCCUUCACGGAUUCCGUUUAUGAGCUCUUCCCGGUGCCUUUAUCUUGGCUAAUUUAGCCCUGGCUAGUUCAAAUGUUCUGUCCGGCAGGAGCGUUUCAUUCCGCAUCUGUCUUCCAAGUGUUGAGAUUAAAAUUGCAAGUAUACCUCGGGAAUCCUCAGGAAAUAUUUAUAUUUUAAUAUAAUAGAAAAUAUCGUAUAUAUUAUUUAUUUUAUAUUGUAUUAUAACUUAACAUAUGUUUAUGUGUAUAAAUAUAUUUUAUAUGUACUUAUAUCUGUAUUAUAUAUUUCAAUUAAAUGUUUUAAUAGAAUAUAAAAGUAUAUAUAAUUUUUUUCUUGUGAUUAAACUUAGGGUUCUUUACCUGCAAGGCAAGUGCUCUAACAUGGAGCUAUAUCAGUAGCCUUACAGACUACCUUUCCACUAUUUAUGGUGCCUUUUGUCUCCAGUGAAGUGCAUAUCAAAAUAUCUUUAAAUCAGAAAACGAAAAGAGCCUGGUGGUAGUGUGGUCCUAGCACUUGGAAGGCUGAAGCAAGAGAAUUCCAAAAAGUUUUAAAACCAGCUUGGGUUAUAUUGACUUUCUAGCCAGCCUAGUCUACAGAAUAAGACCCUGUCCCUUAAAAAAAAAAAAAGUUCAUGAAGUAUAGUACAUUUUUUUCUAAUAGUAAAUAAAUAAUAUAUAAAAGGAACAAACUUGAAAAUCGGGGGCCAGUUUUUGACAAAUGGAAAUGUCCAUUGUUUUCAAAGUUUUAAUUUUUAAACUAUACUGAGCUAUGCAUUUUAAAGACAAGCAUAACUAGUACUUUGAGAAUGCUUUUGCAGUGGUGUGUUUUGAUUUAGACCCUUUCUAAGUAGACUGGUUGGGUGAGGAACUGCUGUAGUCAAGAUUUGUUAUCUAGAGUGUGUCAUUUUUAGACAUUACUGAAUAAAUUGAUGAUGACAAUUCUGUGUAAUUAGUUUUCUAAAAUAUUUUUUUUUCUUUCAGAUUGAUAGUCCUCAAGAGUCUUCAUGUUCUCUUAUGUUUUUCUAGAAAUCAGCCCACUCAUGGACAUCUGAACAUUUCUAUAAGACGCUGCGGUUUGCUUUGCAGUGUGUUCUUGUGUAUGAUUAGUUAUAUAAAAUACGAAGUUUUCAAAAAGAAGGCUAGUGCAACAGAAAAGCUUUGCUAAAACAGAUUCUUAGUUAUUUGAGGUAACAAAAGAAAGCCAUGUCUUGAAUUGAUUCGUUCUUAAUUAUAACAGACUUAUAGUGGAAAGGGCCUUAAACACAGGCGGACUUUAUAAAAUGCAGUCUUAGGUUUAUGUGCAAAAUACUGUCUGUUGACCAGAUGUAUUCACAUGAUAUAUACAGAGUCAAGGUGGUGAUAUAGAAGAUUUAACAGUGAGGGAGUUAACAGUCUGUGCUUUAAGCGCAGUUCCUUUACAGUGAAUACUGUAGUCUUAAUAGACCUGAGCUGACUGCUGCAGUUGAUGUAACCCACUUUAGAGAAUACUGUAUGACAUCUUCUCUAAGGAAAACCAGCUGCAGACUUCACUCAGUUCCUUUCAUUUCAUAGGAAAAGGAGUAGUUCAGAUGUCAUGUUUAAGUCCUUAUAAGGGAAAAGAGCCUGAAUAUAUGCCCUAGUACCUAGGCUUCAUAACUAGUAAUAAGAAGUUAGUUAUGGGUAAAUAGAUCUCAGGUUACCCAGAAGAGUUCAUGUGACCCCCAAAGAGUCCUAACUAGUGUCUUGGCAAGUGAGACAGAUUUGUCCUGUGAGGGUGUCAAUUCACCAGUCCAAGCAGAAGACAAUGAAUCUAUCCAGUCAGGUGUCUGUGGUGGAGAUCUAGUGUCAAGUGGUGAGAAACUUCAUCUGGAAGUUUAAGCGGUCAGAAAUACUAUUACUACUCAUGGACAAAACUGUCUCCCAGAGACUCGGCCAAGGUACCUUACACCAAAAACUUAAACGUAUAAUGGAGAAGAGCACAAUCUUGUCAAAUUGGACAAAGGAGAGCGAAGAAAAAAUGAAGUUUGACUUUUCGUGUGAACUCUACCGAAUGUCUACAUAUUCAGCUUUUCCCAGGGGAGUUCCUGUCUCAGAGAGGAGUCUGGCUCGUGCUGGCUUUUAUUAUACAGGUGUGAAUGACAAAGUCAAGUGCUUCUGCUGUGGCCUGAUGUUGGAUAACUGGAAACAAGGGGACAGUCCUGUUGAAAAGCACAGACAGUUCUAUCCCAGCUGCAGCUUUGUACAGACUCUGCUUUCAGCCAGUCUGCAGUCUCCAUCUAAGAAUAUGUCUCCUGUGAAAAGUAGAUUUGCACAUUCGUCACCUCUGGAACGAGGUGGCAUUCACUCCAACCUGUGCUCUAGCCCUCUUAAUUCUAGAGCAGUGGAAGACUUCUCAUCAAGGAUGGAUCCCUGCAGCUAUGCCAUGAGUACAGAAGAGGCCAGAUUUCUUACUUACAGUAUGUGGCCUUUAAGUUUUCUGUCACCAGCAGAGCUGGCCAGAGCUGGCUUCUAUUACAUAGGGCCUGGAGACAGGGUGGCCUGUUUUGCCUGUGGUGGGAAACUGAGCAACUGGGAACCAAAGGAUGAUGCUAUGUCAGAGCACCGCAGACAUUUUCCCCACUGUCCAUUUCUGGAAAAUACUUCAGAAACACAGAGGUUUAGUAUAUCAAAUCUAAGUAUGCAGACACACUCUGCUCGAUUGAGGACAUUUCUGUACUGGCCACCUAGUGUUCCUGUUCAGCCCGAGCAGCUUGCAAGUGCUGGAUUCUAUUACGUGGAUCGCAAUGAUGAUGUCAAGUGCUUUUGUUGUGAUGGUGGCUUGAGAUGUUGGGAACCUGGAGAUGACCCCUGGAUAGAACACGCCAAAUGGUUUCCAAGGUGUGAGUUCUUGAUACGGAUGAAGGGUCAGGAGUUUGUUGAUGAGAUUCAAGCUAGAUAUCCUCAUCUUCUUGAGCAGCUGUUGUCCACUUCAGACACCCCAGGAGAAGAAAAUGCUGACCCUACAGAGACAGUGGUGCAUUUUGGCCCUGGAGAAAGUUCGGAAGAUGUCGUCAUGAUGAGCACGCCUGUGGUUAAAGCAGCCUUGGAAAUGGGCUUCAGUAGGAGCCUGGUGAGACAGACGGUUCAGCGGCAGAUCCUGGCCACUGGUGAGAACUACAGGACCGUCAAUGAUAUUGUCUCAGUACUUUUGAAUGCUGAAGAUGAGAGAAGAGAAGAGGAGAAGGAAAGACAGACUGAAGAGAUGGCAUCAGGUGACUUAUCACUGAUUCGGAAGAAUAGAAUGGCCCUCUUUCAACAGUUGACACAUGUCCUUCCUAUCCUGGAUAAUCUUCUUGAGGCCAGUGUAAUUACAAAACAGGAACAUGAUAUUAUUAGACAGAAAACACAGAUACCCUUACAAGCAAGAGAGCUUAUUGACACCGUUUUAGUCAAGGGAAAUGCUGCAGCCAACAUCUUCAAAAACUCUCUGAAGGAAAUUGACUCCACGUUAUAUGAAAACUUAUUUGUGGAAAAGAAUAUGAAGUAUAUUCCAACAGAAGACGUUUCAGGCUUGUCAUUGGAAGAGCAGUUGCGGAGAUUACAAGAAGAACGAACUUGCAAAGUGUGUAUGGACAGAGAGGUUUCUAUUGUGUUCAUUCCGUGUGGUCAUCUAGUAGUCUGCCAGGAAUGUGCCCCUUCUCUAAGGAAGUGCCCCAUCUGCAGGGGGACAAUCAAGGGGACUGUGCGCACAUUUCUCUCAUGAGUGAAGAAUGGUCUGAAAGUAUUGUUGGACAUCAGAAGCUGUCAGAACAAAGAAUGAACUACUGAUUUCAGCUCUUCAGCAGGACAUUCUACUCUCUUUCAAGAUUAGUAAUCUUGCUUUAUGAAGGGUAGCAUUGUAUAUUUAAGCUUAGUCUGUUGCAAGGGAAGGUCUAUGCUGUUGAGCUACAGGACUGUGUCUGUUCCAGAGCAGGAGUUGGGAUGCUUGCUGUAUGUCCUUCAGGACUUCUUGGAUUUGGAAUUUGUGAAAGCUUUGGAUUCAGGUGAUGUGGAGCUCAGAAAUCCUGAAACCAGUGGCUCUGGUACUCAGUAGUUAGGGUACCCUGUGCUUCUUGGUGCUUUUCCUUUCUGGAAAAUAAGGAUUUUUCUGCUACUGGUAAAUAUUUUCUGUUUGUGAGAAAUAUAUUAAAGUGUUUCUUUUAAAGGCGUGCAUCAUUGUAGUGUGUGCAGGGAUGUAUGCAGGCAAAACACUGUGUAUAUAAUAAAUAAAUCUUUUUAAAAAGUG